UUGGGACAUGGUCUGGGUAUAAAAGGGUAAGCCAUUCCUGCCAUUGGUAACAUAAAAUCAAUUGUGAGUAAUCGCGCAGUAGCCAGGAAUCCGAUUUGCAUUCGUUCCUCACGAAUUCCAUCAGUCUCACGUUAUUUCACUAAUUGAUUUUACAGUCGUAAUCAUCGAAGAACAAGAGGCUUUUAAAAACAUCUUUAGAGUUAAAACAUCAUGGAACCCAAUCGUCUGCCUCUUCGUGUGCAAACAAACUCCAACAGCAUUGCUGGAGAUGCAGGAAUAGUCGGUCAGCGAAAAACUUCUGUUACCAAUUUCGAACGGAUUGUCGAACAAAACCAAGUCGAGUCAGUAAGCUCCAAAAGCAGCGAAAAGGAGAUCAAACAGGAGAAAGAAACAUAUGCAGCAGCGGCAGCAGCAGCUGCCGCCGCUGCCGCUGCAACAUAUAAAAACCAAGAUACCGCCGAAGACUUCUCAAAAAAAAGGGAGCCCGAAACAAGAGCCAGUAUCAAGAUCUCCAAGCUUCAUCUUUGGCAACAAGAUUACUGGAUGGCUUUUCCCUCCUUCGUGUUCUUCUUCGACAACAUCGAAGAAGAAAUUAAAAUGAAGCUGAGUGCCAAGAUUCAGGAAAUGGGGGCGACCGUCGAAACGAAGUUUGGUUCCAACAUAUCUCACUUCAUUACGGCACGCAGGACCAACUCGUUAAAAUGCUCGAAAAACGAUAUCCUUGCCAAGGCUCGUGCAAUGGGAACGAAGAUUUGGUCACUCGACAAAUUGUUGAACCGGCUCAUUUUUACACGUCUGAACCCAAACAAACUGACACAAACACCAGCCGUCGCAUUGCAGGCACUGCUUGAUGGCGAAAAAGUGUAUUUGAUGCCGGAAGACGAGUUGUACAUUCCCUCUCGAAACAUUUCGUAUUUUGAGGAUUACUUCUUGUGCAUUCGGGAUCUUGUUCAGCAUUACAAGCCAGUGGCACUCAGAGAAUGGCCGAAGGGCAGUCCCAUGACGGGCCCAAGUUGGCCUACACUUAAUGCAAGCAGCCAAGGCCGCUGUCCAUUCAUGUCCGGACGGAAAAAGGAGUUGCAUGUUGGUACUUGCUUCCAUCGAGCUCGUGACAUUCGUCAACGCAUAUUCCUGCGUAAGAAUAACGAGUUCAACAGGCUUAUAGCCAAUCGUGCUGCUUGCCAGGAAGUAGUAAACAGCAUUAUGGGCGACUGCAUCAUAUCGCCUGUGAGCCCAAACCAAGCCAGUCUGGCAGUUCCAAGCGGUACCUCUGGCCCAUCAAGCAGCGUGUCACCUUUGGACAAAGAAUUCCGUCUCGAACAGGCCAUGUUUGCACGCAACAAUCAGCGUAAGCCUGCACCAACCUAUUCAGCAGAUCCGCUUGCCAACAAAAAGGUCAAAAUUGAGAACAAGUCUGGUUACUGCGAGAACUGUUGUGAGCGUUUUAAAGACUUUGAAAUGCAUUCAAUGGGUCGCCGGCAUAAACUUUUUGCUGAGACGAACAGCAACUUUAAAAAUGUCGAUGAGCUUCUUGUCAAGCUUCAACGACCAAAGAAAAUCGCCGCUGCAUGAAAAUGAAGCUCUCCUUGUUAAACAUGAAUACUGCAUACCCUCUUGGAUAACAUUAUUACCGAUAGCAUACAUAGAGCCUGGUU